AUGAAAUUUGGUACACAGAUAUUAGAUAAAUCUGUACCACAAUGGAGACAUAAUAAUAUUGAUUAUCAAAAAUUAAAAAUUUCCAUUAAGAAAGCUACGACAGAAAGUGGUGAUGAAGAGACCGAUAAAAUAAAUCUUAUACGAUGCAGUAAUUUAUUCCUGGAACAAUUCAAUUCUAUUAAUUUGUUCACAAGUUUAAAGAUUAAAGAAAUAUCUUCUAAGAUUAUUAGUAUUGAAAACCUUAUUAUCAAAUAUUCUCAAGUAUUGGAAAAUCUUAAUUUCGAUGUUAUAACCCCGGAAGAAUCAAAAAGACAGAUAAAGACAAUACAAACCGCCACGGUAAGAUGUAGCAAAGAAUUAAAAAUGCUAUCAAGAUAUUUAAUUUUACAACGAAUAGCGGUUCGUAAAUUAUUUAAAAAAUUUGUGAAAUAUUAUCCAAAGGGUAAGAAGGAAGCCGAACUAUAUGUUGAUACAUUGAGAAAUUCUGAACAAUUGAAAAAUGGGUAUGAAGGGAUUUCAUUUAUGGAAUUAGGUUUGGAUCCAUAUUUAUUAGAAAUCUCUCUUAUCUUUGAUGUCUUAGAUGAUUUAGAUAAAAAAGCUAUAAAGAGUCUAGAUGUUAUAAAGACUUCAUUAGUUAAUGCUUCGACAGAUAAUAUUCGACAUUUGGAAGACAUUAGGGACCGUCUCCCUGCAGAACCAAUUAAAGAGAUCCAAUCUACAAUUGAAUUUGAUACAAUAUUUUGGGGUAAAUCGAAACUGGUGAGUAGAUUCAUACUAUCUAAUGAAAAUAGUGAAGAGUUCAAAUUCGUUUUACUAUCAUCUAAAUUUCAAAUAUUGGACGAUGAAAUCAUUUCGACCUCUAGAGAAAUCGUAGAUAAUUCAAAGAAUAUUAGAAAUUUGACCCAAGGUGAUUCUGCAAGAUCAGUGAGAUCUUAUAAUGAACUUCGCAAUAUUGCGUCGUUUUCGUCCUUGGUGGGAAAUUCAAAGGCAAAAGUAAGCAAAGAUGGAUCUCAAUCAUUAACAUCAAAUAUUCACAUGUGUUUAAUGGCUCCUGCUGAUAAUAUAUCCAAUGAUACUAGAUAUAUGAAGGAUCUCCUAUCUGAUGCAAAUUAUAAUGAACACCCGACUUUCUUAGUUCAAAGCGAUUUGGGAAUAAAAUGUGUGCUUCAAUGUAAUGUUGGAGGAUUGAGAGAUCAUGUUAUUACAAAUACUUUACCUCUAAAAUAUAUUCAUAACUGUAUUGAUAAGAGGGAAUUAAAAGAUAUUCAAACGUUGGGUCCUUUAAACAAAUUAUCAAUGGAAUGGUUACAUUCAAGACAUUUAAAAUUGGCAAAUGAAAAAAUAACCUUUAAGAGAACAAGAUUUAUUUCUUAUUCAAAUAAAGGAACAUAUUUGAUUACAUUAGAUGAAAACAUUGCAAUUGACGCCUUUAGCGUAGUGCCUCAUUCAGUAUUUGAAAUAAGAAAUAUUGCACAUCAGAAGUCCAGUUCAAAUCCAUCGAACACAACAAAUAGUGAUUCCCAAAAUGAUGCGUCCGAUAUAUCCUUCAUUUAUAAUUCAUUGAUUGAAAAUAAAAUACAAUGUUACCCGAUUGAGAAAUUUGCCACAAUUUGGAGUAUUUGUUACGCCAUUAGGAAUUCUAAUGAAAUUAAAUAUGAUUUAUUCUCCUAUAUCUUGAAGGAUGAAUACGUUUUAGAGGAUAAUGAUUCCUUAAAUGAUAAUGAAUUUUUUGAGUUAGGUAAAGAUAAAGUGAUGGAUAUGUGUACCUAUGAAUUUCGUAGGGAUCAUUCCAAUGAUAUUUCUAAUGGUGUUCCAAAAAAUUUAGCUUCAAAACUUGCAUUAAAGAAGAGACAAAAUGCUGAAAGUAACCGAAACUCCAAUCAUAAUAGUAGCUUAGACUCGAAUGGGUUAAACCAAAUACCAAAAACAGAAACUAUAAGAUAUUGGAAUGAAUUUGAUGAUGGCGAAGAUAAUGCUGGUGCUAAUACAUUUUAUGUGGACACUUAUGGAGAAGACAAUGUUUCUAGUAACCAUAAUGACAGUGGGUUUCUAAGAUUUGAUAGAAAAUUUGUCAAUUCAAUGUAUGCUACUUGCCAGAGUAUUAGAAAAUUUCUAAACCUACCAUAUGUCGAUUCUUCUAGAAUGUCUAGAUCCAGAUAUGGGUCGAUUGUUUCUGAGGACGACACAGCAUCCAACACAACCUCAGAUCAUACACGUAGUAAUUCAUACGCAGAUAUCCAGCAAUUAAUUCAGUUUCAUGAACAGGAUCUGAAUGAUUCCGAUUCUAUUUACGAAUUAAGACAUGACGAAAUAUUAUCUUUAAUGUAUCUAUUUUCAUUAUUAGCGUCAUGUUUGACUUCUGGUAUUUGUCUUUCAAUCAUCGUGACUAUCUUUAGAGAAGAAGAAGAGAAUAUUCAAAUUGACCAUAUUACCUUAUUAAUUUCAGUUAUUAUUGUUUCAUUGAUAAUUUCACUGUUAUUAACGAGUGGGAGCUUAUUGCUCUUAUUUAGUAGAUAUUCAUAUGCACCAUUAUGGCACUAUAUUUCUUGUUUCAUUGUCUUUUUAUUAGUGACCUGUACUGCAUGCUAUGGGAUUAUUGAAAUAUUUACAUAA